GUCUAAAGUCUAGGCCACCUCUUUCAUUUUCUCAGCCCACGCACGGGCUUCCCGCUUCUUUCGCUCAUCUUUUCCCUCUCUGAAGAAAAUCAUCAUCCUAUAAUCUUACCGUUUCAAUUCAAUCUAAUUCUAUAAAUAAUGUAAAUUACUCAUUUCCAAACAAUUCUCGUAUUCUUCAAUCCUCUUUUGUCUCUUCAGAUCUGUUUAAGUCAUUCUAAUGAACUAUUGGAGCAGAGGGAAUUGAAAGUUAGGAGCAUUCUCUGUUGAGUUGCAUUACAGGCUUUAUAUGCUGUAACUAUCUUGGAAAAGGAGGCAUUAAUGGAGAAAAACGUAACAAAUUCUCCAACUUCUGAGAAACUGGAGCAAGGUGCAGUUGAGGUUCGGAAAGAGGAUCCUAUGGAGCUAUCAAAAGAGAUGAAAUCUUUAGAUAUCAGCAUGGGUGACUCCAAAUUACACGAUAAUGGAGAACAGGACACUGGUGAAAAUAUUGACAAGAGUAGUGUCUUGGAAUCCGAAUGUCAAGGAGAUAAUUUAGAUGAUAGCACUAAAAAUGAUGACUUGAGUAAGAUGGACACGAGUAGGGAUUUUCAGUCUAAAUGUCGGAGAGAAAAGUUAAAGAAUGAUAUUCAAAAAGGUGACCUGGAUAAGAAGAUAAACGAGGAUGAGGAUUUUGAGUCCAAACCUGUUGAAGUUACAAAGCAAACUGUGGGAAAAAUUCUUGGCAAGGAAGAGUCAGAUCCUGUCUCUGAUAGAGAAGAGGUUCUUGGUAUGGAAACUAACAGGACCACAUCUUCCCAUUCUUUUGGUUCUGCUCCUGAAUCUGAAGGAUCUGAUUGGCCUGAGAAGGCUACGGCUAUUGGGAACUUUGUAAAGGAGAAAGGUGUAGUUGCUGUUACAAGUUUUCUGCGUGCCCUAUCUCGGAAAAGAGAUGGGUUUGGGGAGUUUCCUCCUGAUGAAGAUGAGGGGUCUUCAGAUUCAGCUAAAAAUAGAGAAGCCACAGAAGAUUCUCAAAAACCAUUAUAUAGAUCAUGGAAUCCGCUAAACUAUAUUAUAAAUCCCCGUGAUGUUGAUGCAAAAAGAAAGACUGACCAAGGGACAGAAGUCAUAGAAGAAGCACCACAACCUAUAGUCAUGAAAGGAAGAAUUAUACUUUAUACAAGGUUAGGGUGUGAAAGGUGUAAAGCAGUCAGAUUAUUUUUGUAUAAUAGAAGGCUUAGAUAUGUUGAGAUUAACAUUGAUGUAUACCCUAGUAGAAGGGCUGAGCUAGAGAAGUUUACUGGGUCUUGUGUGGUUCCUAAAGUAUUCUUUAAUGAGGUUGUUAUUGGAGGAUUGAGUGAGCUCAAGAGCUUGGCUGAAUCUGGCAAACUUGAAGAGAAGAUGGAUUAUUUGAUUGCUGAAGCACCACCAUAUGAGGCUCCGCUACCACCUCUUUCUGGUGAAGAUGAUGCAUCCACUAGUGGGUCUAUUGAUGAAUUAGCUCUUAUUGUUCGUAAAAUGAAAGAAUCUAUAGUUGUUAAGGACCGAUUCUAUAAAAUGCGGAGGUUCUGCCGCUGCUUUCUUGGUUCAGAGGUUGUUGAUUUCUUGUCAGAAGAUCAAUACUUGGAGAGGGAUGAGGCUAUUGAAUUUGGACGAAAGCUCGCAAGUAAACUCUUCUUUCGACAUGUUCUGGACGAGAAUCUAUUUGAGGAUGGCAACCACUUGUAUUGGUUCUUGGACGAUGAUCCUAUUGUGUCUUCUCAAUGUUUCAACAUCCCUAGGGGUAUAAUUGACGCAAAACCAAAACCAGUAACAGAAAUUGCAUCAAGGCUGAGGCUUUUGUCUUAUGCAAUAUAUGAAGCUUACACAUCGGAAGACGGAAAGCAUGUUGAUUACAGAACUAUUCAUGGAAGUGAGGAGUUUGCAAGGUAUUUGAGGAUAAUUCAAGAACUCCAGAGGGUAGAAUUAGAAGAUAUACCUAGGGAAGAAAAGUUGGCGUUCUUUGUAAAUCUAUACAAUAUGAUGGUUAUUCAUGCCAUACUUGUUUGGGGUCAUCCAGAUGGAGUAUUGGAGCGAAGGAUAUUGUUUGGAGACUUCAAAUAUGUAAUUGGUGGGUGCACUUACUCUCUUUCGGCCAUUCAAAAUGGCAUUUUAAGGAGCAACCAGCGAGUGCCAUACAAUCUGAUGAAACCAUUCAGGGUGAGCGAUAGACGUUCGAAGGCAGCUCUUCCCUAUCCAGAGCCUCUAAUUCACUUUGCACUCGUUUCUGGUACCUGAUCUGGACCAGCACUUAAAUGCUACUCACCUGGGAACAUUGAUAAGGAGUUGAUGGAUUCAGCCCGUAAUUUCUUAAGAGGUGGAGGAUUAAUUAUUGAUUUGAAUGCCAAGGUCGCAUAUGUCAGCAAGAUCCUUAAAUGGUUUAGUGUGGAUUUUGGCAAGAAUGAGUUGGAGGUACUCAAACAUGCAUCAAACUACCUGGAGCCUGCCAACUCCGCAGCUUUGCUUGAGUUGCUUGCCGAUGAUCAAUUAAAGGUGAUAUACCAGCCUUACGAUUGGGGUCUAAACUUUUAGAAUCAACUUUGGCUUCCCAGUACACUACAUAUACCUUAUUACAUCUUACAUUUUUUUUUUUUUUUGCAAGACAUUGCAUGAGAGAAGUCUCAACUAUAUUUUGAAAACGAAAAAUGAAAAAGGAUCUAACUCAAGUUGCUUUCUUCUUUCUUGAACAUUGAGCGGAUCCUAUUUGGUUCCAGUAACAUUAGGAACUAAUAUAAGCUGAUAACAUGAGACCCUCA